CAGCACAGGACCAGUCGCGUGCGUGUUACGGCCCAAACUCAACCGGUAGCGACUUGAUCGAAUUCGGUGAUUCCUGGCAACGUGCUCCAACCACCACCUCAUUGCUAUUGAACUCAAACAUCCGAUGCUUUGCCUCAGUACGGUACCAUUUUACGACUACAAAAGUCACCCUUAUUCACCCAAUAGUUCUCAUGAUGUCAUCUAGAAUCACUUGAAAAAGGAAGUUGAAUUAACGACACACAAUGGAGCAGUCCACACACGCAUGCGCAACUUCAAGCACUGAAACAGGAACUGAAAGCCAAACAGCUUUUGCCGCCUCCCAGCUGCCGUGUAGCUCGGGAGCGGCGAGUCUGCCGCCUCCAGUUGCUGCCCCUUGCAGUUUCACAGAAGCCCUCAAGCGGUGUCCCCCAACCAUCCCCGCCUCUCUGCUACGGCGGCUCGCUUUCACUCAGCAGAUCGGCAUUGGCAAGGUGAAGGUGAUGCUGAAAGUGGCGAACGUGGAUGAGAGUGAUGAGACUUCGGCGUACAUCAGUGUUGACAGCAAGAGGAAGCAGGUGACUGUGUUCGACUCGGCUUGUCCUUCGUCGCCCUUCCUGGACGACAGACGCCAGAGGGUCUCCGAUCAAUUUUCAUAACGACAAGGAAAGUUGUGUGA